AUGCAGCCAGGCUAUAUAUGCGGGCAUGAGGGAAUUGGGAUUGUCCAUGAAGCGGGCGCUGGAAUCAAGAAUUUUGCUGUGGGCGAUCCUGUCAUUGUGCCUUUUUUGGUCAGCUGCGAUGAGUGUUUCCACUGCAAGCGAGGAGUUCAUGGACGCUGCAAGAAUGGUCGGAAUUUCGGUGGUCCCACUUUGGACGGCUCUCAAGCCCAAUAUUUCCGUGUACCCCUGGCAGACACAACGCUCUAUCAUCUUCCAAAAGAUGCGGAUCUGGGAGAGCUUGCAAUUCUUAUGACCGACAUUUUUCCAACCGGGUUCAAUGGUGCAAAGCGAGCCUUCAUAGAUACUCCAAGUGAAAACUGGAAAGAUAUGAGCAUUGCAGUCAUCGGAUGUGGGCCUGUUGCUCUCUGCUCCAUCAUCUCGGCUCGGGAGUACAAGCCGGCGCGGAUAUUUGCCAUCGACUCUAUCCCCAGUCGACUCGAAACCGCGAAGGAGCUCGGCUGUAUUCCAAUCAACUUCAAAGAGGUCGAUCCAGUUUCCGUGAUCAAAAAGGCCACUGAUAAUAAUGGAGUCCACGCUGUCAUUGAAGGGGUCGGCCUUAGCCCUGCAUUGAAGACUGCAUACGACAUCAUCUGUCCCGGUGGAAAGAUUAGUUCUUUCGGCGUGCAUAACGGGGAACUCCCUUUCAGCGCUGCUGAUUGCUACAACAAAAACAUUCACAUCCAAUUCGGACGCUGUCCCCUUAGAGUGGUUUUUGCUGACGCUCUCAACACACUAAUCCGAAACAAGGAUUUGAUCGAGAAGAUGAAAUUUAUUGAUUUGGUACUCCCGCAGUUAGACGAGUCUUCUGUGGAUGCUUUGAAAAGGUUUGAGCGAGGUGAGCUGAAUAAGGUUGUCUUCAAACCUAACGGCCUGGAUAUCUAG